CCUUGGCACCACCCAAGAGUCCACUCUCAACAAAAAAAAAAAACCUCUCCCUCCUCCUAAGGUCCUCACCAGCCACCGCUGAUCCUACACCUUCACCUACAAAAAUGAACACCCUCCUCGUCUCUCUCUCAAUUCCCACUUCACCUCCACCAAAAUCUUCAGCUCUUUGCUAUCAUUACCUGCGGCAGCAUACUUCUAGUACUAUCAACCAUGUCACCAUCCCUCUCUGUUCUAUUCCUAUCCCCUCCCCUGUCCUCAGCAGCUCCCUACUGCAGGGCAACAAGGCUGGCAGCUGCCACCACCCCGGUGGCGCCGGUUUCUGCCGAGGUGGAGGCGGCGAGGCUGGAACCUAGAGUGGAGGAGAGAGAUGGGUACUGGGUUUUGAAGGAGAAGUUUAGAGGAGGGAUUAAUGUUCAGGAGAAGGUGAAGAUUGAGAGGGAGCCUAUGAAGCUUUUCAUGGAAGGUGGGAUUGAAGAUCUUGCCAAGAUCUCUUUUGAGGAACUUGACAAGGCUAAGGAUACUAAGGAUGAUAUCGAUGUCAGGCUCAAGUGGCUUGGGCUUUUCCACAGGAGAAAGCAACAUUAUGGUAGAUUUAUGAUGAGAUUGAAGCUACCAAAUGGUGUCACAACAAGUGCACAAACGAGAUAUCUUGCGAGUGUGAUAAGAAAAUAUGGCAAGGAUGGCUGUGCGGAUGUCACAACAAGGCAAAAUUGGCAAAUCCGCGGAGUAGUACUGCCGGAUGUGCUGGAAAUUUUGAAAGGUCUUGCCGAAGUUGGAUUGACGAGUCUGCAGAGUGGCAUGGACAAUGUGAGAAAUCCAGUUGGAAAUCCUCUUGCAGGCAUUGACCCACUCGAGGUUGUCGAUACAAGACCUUACACAAACUUGUUGUCUCAAUAUAUCACUGGGAAUUCACUUGGAAAUCCAAAUGUCACAAACUUGCCAAGAAAGUGGAAUGUGGCUGUGGUGGGCACUCAUGACCUUUUCGAGCAUCCCCACAUCAACGAUCUUGCUUACAUGCCUGCAACAAAGGAUGGCAGAUUCGGAUUCAAUUUGCUCGUUGGAGGAUUCUUCAGUCCCAAGCGAUGCGCAGAGGCAGUUCCCCUUGAUGCCUGGGUCUCCGCGGAUGAUGUGAUCCCAGUUUGCAAAGCAAUACUAGAGGCCUAUAGAGACCUUGGCUUCAGAGGGAACCGACAAAAAACAAGAAUGAUGUGGUUGAUUGAUGAACUAGGCAUAGAAGGAUUUAGGUCAGAGGUUGUGAAAAGAAUGCCUUUCGAAGACCUGGUGAGAGCAUCUUCCGAAGACCUGGUUAAGAAGCAAUGGGAAAGGAGAGAUUAUAUGGGUGUCCAUCCGCAGAAACAAGAAGGUUUAAGCUAUGUGGGACUUCACAUUCCUGUAGGCCGGCUUCAAGCAGAUGACAUGGAUGAGCUAGCUCGUUUAGCCGAUGAGUAUGGCACAGGGGAACUCCGGCUCACCGUGGAGCAAAACAUAAUCCUCCCCAAUGUAGAGAAUUCAAGAAUUGAAGCAUUACUCAAAGAGCCUCUUUUGCAAAAUAAGUAUUCCCCCAAACCUUCAAUUCUCAUGAAAGGAUUGGUGGCCUGCACUGGCAACCAGUUCUGUGGGCAAGCAAUCAUUGAGACAAAAGCAAGGGCCUUGAAGGUGACCGAGGAGGUGGAAAGGCACGUGGCAGUGACUCGACCGGUGAGGAUGCAUUGGACAGGGUGUCCAAAUACCUGUGCACAAGUGCAAGUGGCGGAUAUUGGUUUCAUGGGGUGCAUGGCAAGGGAUGAGAAUGGGAAGCCUUGUGAAGGGGCUGAUGUUUUCUUGGGAGGAAGAAUAGGGAGUGACUCACAUCUGGGAGAUGUUUAUAAGAAGAGUGUCCCUUGCAAGGACUUGGUGCCCUUGGUUGUUGACCUCUUGAUAAGCCACUUUGGAGCUGUCCGUAGGGAGAGGGAAGAAGGGGAAGAUUAAUUCAAACAAACCGGAACGUUGGAGGGUUCGAUGCAGUUUGCAAUCGUAGCAGCAUGAAGAAUUUUCAUGGCACCGUCUUCUGGUGGCCGAAAAAGAUACGGACGAAGAAUGUAUGGCGUUAUGGAACCAAAUAAGCUGACUUUUACACUUUACACUGCUUUAGUUUGGAGAUUGGUUUUAUAUCAACUCUGUAGAAUUGUAAUUCCUUGAUUUCAUUGAUAACACAAUAUUACAAAUAUAUACUAAUCAAUUGACUUGAGAUA